GUUGAGCACGAGCGUGCAGGACGCGCAGAAGCAGGGAUCCCGCGUCGUGGACGAGGAGAUCAGCGAACUGUUGGCAGAACUAAACAUCGAACCCGGAAAGCCGGUCGCGGGGGAAGCGGUGGCCGCGAUUCAGGGGCUACGAUCGAGGACGACGAGGAGGUGGUAGAGGCUCUUCGAUUGGACGUGGUGGAAGACAUGACAGCACUGCUGGCUGGAACGAACUUGUCUACCGGCGGCGACGACGAGGAGGACGAACAGGACCAGGGCGGCGGCGGUGAGAACACGGGGCGCGGUGGCCGUGCCCCACGUGCGCCACCGGGUUAUGAAGAACGGUCGUCUCACUUCGGCGCCCUGGAAGUGGCAGCGGAGGACAGUGGCAACGGAGACGCGGCGUUCUACCUAACGAAAGCGAAGAUGUCGAUGAUCGCAGCGCAUUCCGCUAGGCGGGUGCGCCAGACAGAUGUUAGAGGAUUUGUCGCGACGUAGAGUUCAUGGUUGUUUCUUUUUGUUGCGGUUCGCUUCCUGUCGUGUACGUAGAGUUUUUUUUUUCUUCUUGCAACAUCGAAGCGGGUACGCCAGGUAGACACUCCAGGGUCGCGACGUAGUUUGGGGGGGAGAUACAACUGUAGUGCAGUAGUAUUGGUUUUUGUUUUCUUGCAGUGCGCUUCCUGUCGUGUACGUAGAGUUUUUUUUUUCUUCUUGCAACAUCGAAGCGGGUACGCCAGGUAGACACUCCAGGGUCGCGACGUAGUUUGGGGGGGAGAUACAACUGUAGUGCAGUAGUAUUGGUUUUUGUUUUCUUGCAGUGCGCUUCCUGUCGUGUUUGUUUUUCUGUUUUGUCUUUUGUAUCUUGCAACAUAGAAGGAGGGGCUCUGGGGCUGAGAUAUAGCUACGUCCACUCUGUACGAACGGGAGCUCUA